UGUUCUGUAUUCACUUCCGUAAAUACACAGUUCUCUUCCUCUUGUGAAGGGAGUUCACACAUGCCCUUUGUUAUUUGCAGCAUAUUUGGGAAUUCAUUUUUAAAAUGAAUUUAUUAUCCAUAAAUAUCAGCUGUGAGUAACGACAUAUAAUAAUGAAACCAGCUCGUCUUAUCGAGCUCAGUUGGGUUUUUUAGCGCAAGGAUAGCUUACGUUUUCUUAGCAAAAACAAACGUUACUUUUUACAUGAGCGCAGUCAAUAUGGAGAUAGACGAUCUGGACUUUUUGAACAGUCCUCCUGUGAAGACUGUCAGGUUUGGAGGCAGUGUGGUGGAAACGUUAGCUAAACAUAAACAGGGAGACUCAAGUGAUUAUGAACUGCUAAAACAUCAGCUGACUGAUCCUGAAAUAAAGGAUGCACAGAUCAUCAGCUGGCUGCAAGAAUUUCGGAGUUGUGUGACCCAGCUAACGAAGGAUCACGAACAGCUCAUCUAUACUAUCUUGAGGCUUCCAUGGGUGGGCCGGAACCAGGCUGUGGUGGAGGAGUACAUGACCUUCCUCAGUAACCUGGUCUCAGCGCAAACUGUCUACCUGUGUGCCUGCCUCAAGAUGGUGGCCUCCCAUUUCACUCCCAAGAGAGUGACCAUCUGUGAAGGAGGAGUAAAUAUCUCUGAUUCAGAUGAUGAAGAUGAAAACCUCCCCAGAAACUUCGAUCAGUGUCACCAGGCGUUGCAGCUUAUCACCAGAUACGUUCCAUCCACAAGUCGCUUUCUGAUGCCCAUUCUGCAAGAGAACUUCCCUUUUGUACAGAAAUCCCCGAGAACCCUGGAGUGUUAUGUCCACAACCUCCUGCGAGUGACAGUGUAUAUACCAUCCAUUCGACGAGACAUACUGGAGCUGAUCAUUGGAAAGAUGCUCAAACUGGAUGUGAGUGCAUCCCGGUCAGACAUUGAGGAGGCAGAGGAGAACAUAGUGCAGAACCAGAGGGCAGAGGAGCAGACUGAAGAGGGACUCUUUGACAUGGAUGAGGAUGUGGCAGCAGAUCAGCCAUCCAGGACAACUGUAAUGGCCCAUCCAGUGGCUGAGAGGCUGGACACUCUCAUGGCUGUGAUGAUGGCUUAUAUCAAGGACGUCUGCCAUGUCAGCGGCUCUCUUCAUGCAGAAAGGACUAAGGAACUGUACCGAGAUUUGUUGAGUGUGUUUAACAAGCUGAUUCUGCCAACACAUGCUUCCUGUCACGUCCAGUACACACUCUUUUACCUCUGCAGCUUCAGACUGGCCCUGGCGGAGGCCUUCCUGGAUCACCUGUGGAAGAUUCUGCAGAGCCCCUCUCAGCCUGCUGUCCUCCGCCAGGCUGCUGCUGGAUUCCUGGGAAGCUUCCUGGCCCGAGCCAAAUUCAUCCCUGUGCCCACUGUGCGGGCCUGUCUGGACCUGCUGCUCUCCUGGAUCCAUUGCUACAUUGACAGCCAGGAUAGCAGCGGCAGACAGGCCUGCUGUGACAUCAGCUUGCAUGGGCCAUUCUACUCUGCCUGCCAGGCCGUCUUCUACACACUCAUCUUCAGGCACAGAGCCAUGCUGGAGGGCAACUUGAAGAAAGGUCUAGAGUACCUGCGGAGUCUAAACCUGGAGCGGUUGGUGAUGUGUCAGCUGAACCCUCUCAAAGUGUGCCUGCCUUCAGUCACCAGCAUGUUUGCUGCCAUAACCAGGAAGUAUCAGGUCGUGUUCUGCUACACCAUCAUAGAAAGGAACAACCGCCACGUGCUUCCGGUAGUCCGCAGCUCUGCAGGAGGAGAGUGUGUGACAACCAACACCAACCCUCUCGACAGCUUCUUCCCAUUUGACCCCUACCUGCUCAAGAGGUCUGUUAUGCUUAUCAAGCCACUCUACCAGGUCUGGGAGGAACUGGUAGACACAGAGCUGCUUCCUGCCAAAACAGGCCAACAGGGCUCGAGGGAGGAUGAGGAUGACUUCCUGAGUGGGGAAACACCCCAGACCGAGGGCAUUAUGGGAAUGACUCCCAGCUCCUACGACUCGAACCUCUGCAGCCCAAGCAGCGUGGGUUCACCCCCCUUCGCCUUCCAGAAACCAUUCUAGUCCUUCAUUAUGGACCAUCAUGUUCUCUGGUCUUCUCAAAACAUCCCUGCUCUAUGAAUCCAGCAGCUUCUGAGGAUCCCUCAGAAACAUUUGGGGUUGUACGUUGUCUUUACUCAGAGCAGAAAGAGCUGCCGCAGACUGUAUGGACUAGAAUCUGUGCUGUCCUGCUGAUAAUCCACAUUGUUUAAUUUAUAAGGAUUCAAACACAAAGUGAAGAACACUGAACUUUGAGCCAUUUACAGUUGAAGAGAUGUGACUGAUAUCUGUUCAUGCAAGAUUGGUUAUCUGUGUUAAUGAACAAAAAUGUUUAGUGUAGUCACAACAUUUAAACCAGUGACUGGUUUUAAAUGUUGUGCCUGAAUGGUGAAUAAGACUACAGUUUGAUCCUGACUUUUUCAGAUUGUUGUUUUCAGUAAAAGGCCAUGUUGCGACAUGCAAAAACAGUGUAGAGUGAAAGCAACAGUAUCUGUUAGAGGGUCCCAAGCUCCUGAUGAUCAAAUUCAACGCUCUCAAGACGUAUAUUAAGUUUUAAAUGAACUCUACAUAGACUGUUGUUGAGUAGCCUUAGUUUUCGACUUAAAUUCCAUUGAACUUGAGAAGUUGUUAUAUUGUGUGGGUUAAGAGGCAGUCGUAUUUGUUUAUUUGUGAAACUCGUUUUACUGUAGCCUGGUGCAAAAUACACAACUUUCCCAGAAACAUUUCUGUGAUCCGAGACAAAAAUCCACAAGUCUGCAUGGAAUCCGCCCCUAACCCAUCACGACAAGUUCUGUAGUUUUAGCAGUUCUGAGUUCACCCCACAGUGAGCUGUACCACAUCAAAUGCCGCAGGUGAUUUUCUCAUAGCCAAAUGCAGAAUUUAUAGUUGAAGAUCCUUGGAGAGGAGUGUGAGAUGCGAGAAGGGAAAAAAACAGUGAGCGCAACAGGAAACUUUAGGCGGCAGGGGGGAAGGCAGUGGACACACACAAUGCAGCGUACAGCAACUAAUGAUAUUAAUGCAAUAAAAGUAAUUCAAUGAGAUUCAUGGGAAACAAAAAUGAGAUGGCGCGGCAUAACCCUAUGCAUCAAAAAUGUGCAAAAUAUACAUAAACCGCUGCAGCUGAGAGAGAGCGAGCACAGCAGGUCCAGCAGCUCAGCACAGACAAUGUAGAGGGUGGAGAUGGUGCUGACGGAAAAAUGCAGUUAUAAAAUCUUAAAAAGAAAUUUAAAGGAUAGGAUAAGAUUUUUUUAAACUCUGUCUUAAAACAUCUACCACUACUACUACUCACAUGUCAAUAUGUACUAUGAGGCUUGAGCAGUCUGACUGAGACCAAUCAGAUAAUCAUCUUCCAAAGUUUCUUAUUCGUGUUUCCAUUUUUCCUUGCUGAGCCACAAUGGAAAAAUAGUAACAAAAAGAAGGAAUUUUGUACACAGCUGAUACUUUGGCUGAACUUUGGAAUUAUUUUUUCACAGAACGAGGACUGUGGAUUUUGUCUCCCAUCACUUACACUGAAUUGCUUUAAGAAGGGAUCUCUUUGCAGCCAGUAUGAACAGUAAAGCCACCAACAAUGCUUUCAGUGUACAUAUGGGAUUGUGAAUAAUGUUUUAAAGACAGACUUGAAUAAAUGUGAACAUAUCCUGUAAUGAAUUGGAUACUAUUGUUACCCAAUUCUUUCUAAUAAUUGGUUUUUAGUUAGUCUAUCUUAUGUUACUUGUUUAUUCAUUUUGAGACCUUUUAUAUAUUUGUGUGGUGUUUUAACUCUGUCUGAUUUCACUGAGAUUUCUGUAGAUUAAAGUUAAUUCAUGUUUCUUUUCUCCACCACAACCUUCGUUGUGGCUUGUGUAAAUACCUUCUGUGCUAUUUUUAUGCCACAACUGCCCCAUAGUGACUUCUCAUCUGUUUUCUUUGAAUAUAGCGUUGAUUCUCUAAAGUUGUGGAACUGGAAGAAUAGUGUCAUCAGUACACUUUGUCUGAGAUCAGUUGUGUGGUUUUAUGUACCAUCGUGCAAAAACGUCUUGCAGUGUGAAAAGCACAGUAACCGGCUUUAGUUGCUUCUGUGGGAAACUGCAGGCUGUGACACACACUUCAUGUUUGUCAUGUUUGAAAUAAUUUCCUUGCAUUUGGUAAAAUUGUCACCCUGUGGAAAGUACUAUUAGUAUUGGAAAUCAAAUGGUAGUUAACUAUCUCUGAAAAACACAACAUCAGGUCCAGUCAUCAGUUAUUCCUUUAAUAUAAAACAUUAACAGAAAGAAUAUGAAGCCACAACAAAGAUGCAGUCUGGUUGAACUAAAGGACAUGU